CAAAAUUGUUAUUUUAAAGUUCAGUUUAUUUAAAAAAGUUCAUUUGCUUUACUGUAACUGAAUAAUACUACACAUUGUGCCUUGCUGCGUUAAAACUAUUUGCAGAUAUGAAGGGUUUUACAAUUGGUGGUAUCAGAAAAAAUCCAAGUUUGAUUCCUUUAUAUCUUUGUGUGACUGCGGGUUUUGGUUUAGCUAUUUCCUAUGCUGUUCGUGUCGCAAUAAAAAAUCCGGAUAUCAGUUGGAAUCGUAAGGAUAAUCCUGAACCAUGGCAGGAGUAUAAGAAUAGGCAAUACAAGUUCUAUUCACCUAUUCGGGACUAUAGCGAAUCCAAAACUACUACACCACGUUAUGAGUAUAAUCGCAAAUCGCACUAUGAAUAGCUACUAAUAAGAAUGAAACUUUUAAAUUAUUUAAGUAUAUUACAAAACUUUUGAAUUAUAUUUAUAUAAACAC